UUGGAUCCGGAGCUCCCAAGCCGCCUCUCAGUAAGUUCAUAGCUGUCCGACAGUGGGGUCUACAGAGAGCGAGACGGGGACAGAGGAAAACUCAACCUGAGCGCAACCCGCUAUCGGAUCGGGGGUACGCGCUGGCCCCGCCGACGAUCAAGCAGCCGCCGUGGGGAGGCGAAGCCGCCGCUCCCCUUCCCAGGGAGGGUGGCUGAGGUGAGAGCGGGACCAUGUUGCGCCUCGUCUCGCUGAAGUUCGGCCGCUUAUACCGCUACGUGAAGCUGUUGUUUGUGGCCAGCCUGCUGGUGGUGAUGCUGCUCAACACGCACUCGUUGUUCGCCUCUUUCCAGCGGAACGAGCUCACCGACCGCCGCUUCCUCAGUUUCAAUAAGUGCCCGGCGUGCUUCGGGACCAGCUGGUGCCGGAAGUUCAUGAACGGGCAGCUGAGCUUCGAAGGCUGGGCCAGGCUCCGGCUCCUCGACUUCUUCAACGUCAAGAACGUGCACUUCGCCCAGUACGGGGAGCCCCGGGAGGGUAGCCGCCGGGUGGUGCUCAAGCGCCUGGGCUCCAACCAAGAGCUGGCCGAGCUGGACCAGCGGAUCUGUAAGAGAGCCACCGGUCGGCCCCGCUGCGAUCUCAUCCAGGCCAUGUACAAAACGAACUUCGCCCGCCUAAACGGGGAUGUCAGGCUGCUGACCCCGGACGUGGUGGAGGGCUGGUCGGACCUGGUGCACUGCCCCUCGCAGCGGCUACUGGACAGAGUGGUCCGGAGAUACGCCGAGAUCAAGGACUCCGGCAGCUUCUUACUCAAGAACCUCAAGGACACGGAGCGCAUGCAGCUGCUGCUCACCCUGGCAUUCAACCCCGAGCCGCUGGUGCUGCAGAGUUUCCCAUCAGAUGAAGGCUGGCCUUUUGCAAAAUAUCUGGGAGCUUGUGGCAGGAUGGUGGCUGUAAACUAUGUUGGAGAAGAACUUUGGAGCUUCUUCAACUCCCCAUGGGAGAAACGUGUGGACCUUGCGUGGCAAUUGAUGGAGAUUGCAGAACAGCUUACGAACAAUGACUUUGAAUUUGCACUUUACCUCUUGGAUGUCAGCUUUGACAACUUUGCAGUUGGACCUCGGGAUGGAAAAGUAAUAUUAGUUGAUGCAGAGAAUGUGCUGGUGGCGGAUAAAAAGAUGAUAAAACAAAAUAAACCAGAAAAUUGGGAUGUGUGGUACGAAAGCAAGUUUGAUGACUGUGACAAAGAAGCAUGCCUGUCUUUCUCAAAGGAGAUCCUUUGCUCCCGUGUCACUGUGGACCAUAAUUAUUAUGCUAUUUGUCAGAACCUCUUAUCCAGACAUGCCACCUGGCGUGGGACUUCUGGAGGGCUUCUUCAUGACCCUCCAGCAGAAAUCGCCAAAGAUGGCCGUCUCGAGGCAUUGCUGGAUGAAUGUGCUAACCCAAAGAAAAGAUAUGGCAGAUUCAAAGCUGCUAAAGAAUUAAGAGAAUACCUUGCACAGCUGAGUAAUAAUGUGAGGUAGUCCACGCAGUCUUCUUCGUCUUUUUUUUUCUUUUCUUUGUAAGGAUCCAUUUAGCAAAUUAUAGGUUUAAUUAGUUAGAGCACGUACGUAUUUUUUUUACUAUACAUACUACUGCAGUGUAUAUGCUGAGGUUUUAACUAGAUGCUUUGUGGAUGCCAUGUUGUUGAGCUUACAUGGCACUGACAGGAUGAUAUAUGAUCCUUUGCAAUCAUGCCGGGUACGUGUUCUGAUCUAAUUAAAACUACUGAAACUAUUUACUUUUGCUCGCUGAUUACCUAAGAGGUAGAUCAGAUGAGGAUCUCCAGGUGUCUGGUGAUUAAAUAGACUUUGAUGGCAUAAUAGGCUCUUCGUGUGUCAAUAAUAGUUGACAUGACUUUACAUUAGUAUCACAAUUUUUGUGAAGCUGAUGCCUUUACUUGGAAAGUUCAAGUUACAACCUCCGGCCUGUUUUAAAGGCUUUUUUCUUUUUUCAUAAGUCAUUUCAUAUUUGUAUGUUGAUAUAUAAAAAUUCUCGGAUCUUGGUAUAUAUUUUGGGUCUAUUUUUAUUUUGUUCUUGUUCAUCAUACAGAAAACACUAAAUAUGUAACCCCUUAAGUGAUGCUGAAAAGAAUACGAAAUUCUUAUUUCCUCUCAUGUUCUAAACCUUGAUGCAUUGUAAAUAUCUUUUAAUUAUCCAAAUUUCAAUUAAAUAUUGGUCAUUUUUUGGUAUCA